UUUGUUUAAAAAUGGCGGCGCCCUAUUCCAAAUGUGUAACUUCAGUCCUACGUCCUAACUUAUUUAGAGAAAAAGUUGCAAUAGUAACGGGUGGCGCUACGGGGAUAGGAAAGGCAAUAACAAAGGAAUUACUUCUUCUCGGCUGUAAUGUUGUCAUUGCAUCACGAAAACAGGACAGAUUGCUGACAGCUGAGAAGGAAAUCAGUGAGUGGCUGUCACAAAUUGAAACAGCCUCAAAACUUAAAAUUGUCCAGUGCAAUAUUAGAAAAGAAGAUGAGGUCCAAAAUCUGAUAUCAUUUACACUGAAAACGUUUGGUCAAUUGGAUUAUUUAGUCAACAAUGGUGGAGGGCAGUUUAUGAGUAAAGCAGAGGACAUCACGCUAAAAGGGUGGAAUGCUGUCAUUGAGACUAAUCUGACCGGCACAUUCUUGAUGUGCAGAGAAGCUUACAAACAAUGGAUGAAGGCACAUGGGGGAUCUAUCGUUAACAUAACAAUGGACAUGGUGAAAGGGUACCCAAUGAUGAGCCAUUCUGGUGCUGCUAGAUCUGGGGUAAACAACCUAACCAAGUCCUUAGCCCUGGAAUGGGUCCACAGUGGAGUCAGGAUCAACUGUGUGGCCCCAGGAAGCUCUAUCUACUCAGAAACUGCUGCCGCCAAUUACGGAGACAGCAAGAUAUUUGACUUGGUCGUCCCUCGUAUCCCAAUGAAAAGACUUGGCACAGUUGAAGAGAUUUCAGCAGCUGUUUGUUUUCUACUGUCACCAGCUGCGGCCUUUAUAACAGGGGAGAGCAUUCAAAUUGAUGGUGGGCAAUCACUCUACAUGACUUCCAGUUUUGAUGUACAAGACCAUUCAAGCUGCCCCAAAUAUUCCUGGGACACUGAUAUUCAAUCACAGAAAAGCAUCUGCAAGUGCCAUACUGAUGAAAUGAAAUCUAAACUUUAGACUGUUAUUUUAAACCAGCUGUUUACAUGUUUUUGUUGCUGUUAAUUUAUUCAUAAGUACAUUUGAAUGUUAUGGCAAAACUAAUAAAAAUAAAUGCAA